UUUUCUUCCCACUAAUGCUGUUUCGAAAAUUAUUUCAUAGUUUCAAGAAUCAAGACUAAUUAAUAGAGAUAGAUUCCUCUGUCUCUCGAACAAGACGAUAUGGCGUCCCUUGGAUCCGUGUCGACGAAAGUGUCCAAGGGGUUUGUUCCAUAUGACACCUUCAAGCGACUGAUGAAGCCAUUGAAUUUCACUAGCGCCUCUGAUUUUUACGCGUGGUGCAAAAACGGACAGCGCCCAAGAAAUAUACCCGCUACUCCACAUCGGAUCUACCGUGGGGAGUGGGAGGGUUAUCCGGUGGGCCUCGGAUAUGGCGCGCGGUGGAAAAGAGACUGUAGCAGAGCUCCCCUGCUUGAGGGAAGCAUUGCCCACCGCAAUUACAAGAAUUAUUUGAACACUGCAAAAGCCUUGCGAUGGGCGCAAAAAUGGCUAUCGAGCUGCUGCCAGGAAUAUGAAUUCAUCCCUUUGCCGCGCCUUGCGAGGGCAAGUUUUCUUUUUCGGAAGUGCAUUCCGAGUGGCGAACGUCCGGUGGACGCUUGGGGAGCGCUGCUCCUGAAGAGCACAACCAAACGACACACCAGUGGAAAUCGCUUUCACUAUUCCUUCACCUGCAGUGCUGCAUGUGUAUCGAACGACGUUGGACUACUCAUCGCUUUUCCUGACGACGACAGAUUGGAUCUCCGGUCUUUUGCUGACGUUGACAUCAAGACAGGGUCGCCGGGUUCGAGGUGUGUCUGGUUCAGCACUUCCGACAUUCCGCGCCUCGUCGGGCCACAAGACGAAAAUGCCACAGGUGCUGCUCGCGCGCACACCGAAGACUUCAAACGGCACGUUGCGGACCUCUGGAAGGCUAACCCCCGCUUAUCAUUUGCCGAUUGGUGCGAAAAAUUGAUUUCCGCCCGGAGUAUGCACAAGCUUACUGUCACUCGCCUCAAUGAAUUAGCGCAACUACUCUAUGCACCGGCCGCAGUUUCAUGGGAAUUUCAUCGCGCAGCAUGUGGCGUUCUGCACACGACGGUCGUGAACGGUUUGCGAUGCGUGCACCGUAGUGGAUACAUGAAGCCUGUAUCUGGCCACGUGGUGGUGAACCUGGAUUUUUCGUGGGUACGCUCAGAUGCGGACAACGGGCUGUCCCCAGAGUCUCCUUUUGACGCUCCCGACCCAUUCGAUUGCUGUGUUGUAAUGGUUUUUAAAAAGAAAUCAGCCGUUACGGACUAUGGGCAGUUGGCAACGUUGCAGGGUGCGUUUUUCCUUCCGAAGGCGUUUCUUGUAGAACAACGUCUAAUCUGUGACGGUCCGAUAAGCGGCAGGCGGUUUCUCUUCACGCUAUAUCCCCCCGAUCGUACUAACUCAGCAAGCAGGCGGCGGCGCAGUAUGGUUGAAGCAGCGCAGGAAUUCUAUGUUGAUUUGAGACAUGUUUCGUAUGAUGCCACCACAUCUUCAAAUGCGGGAACUCCGAGUAAUGAUGUAUCUCCUCCAAACCACAUUGUACGCUUCCAUGCAAUCUUACAAAGAAUCAAAGACGAGGCUUUCACAUGUAAAGACAGAAAUAGAAGCUUUAAGGACGGAGAAGGCGCACAACCUUGUAAAGAAUUACGAUGAAAAGAAGUUAUUGAACUUUGUUGUCAUUUGUUUCAUGUACAGGAGUACAGGAUAACCAUGGUAGGACCCACCUGAAUGUUGUAAAGUGCUUACUAGAGCAAGACUUGCAUCAAGCUCGGUUGUAUGGAGGUCGCGCGUUUGCGCGACUAACCCGUGUACUCAUCUGUCCCCUGUGUUCGGCCAGGAGAUCAAUGCGCUUCUCUCCGCAACAAACGCCUCGAAAAAAAUAGAUAUAUUCUGGAUCGUAACGUUGGUCUUUAAUG